CUUUUGGACCACUGAUUUAAAGAAUUUGUCUAAAAACAAAUUCAAUUUUGUCUAAAAAAAAACCCCUAAGUAAACCACAUCACCAGGUAAAAACAAGUUUGCUAACAUUAUUAAAAGUGGCAAAUAAAUCUUUAGACUUUUCACGCUCAUAAUAGGCUUUACUAUUUCUGUAAGCCUAAUUGGCCUGCAUUCGGGUUUGCAUUUAAAUAGUUCUAAUUAGUCCUAACUUUUUUACCAUGACAAAGCAGGCCAUGGAGAGAGAGCUCGUGCACUCAAGUAAACAAGUAAAUAAACAUGUCGCAUAUUUAUUUAAAGCCAACUUGAAUGGUUGGAUUCAGCCUCUGAAUGCAGACAAUGCAGGAGCAACUUGUCGGAUUAGUUCCCGAAUGCCUUUUGCAUGCAUGACAAGAGGCCAAAAUGGGGGGAAUAUUCAGCAGGAUUAACUUUAAUAGCCUUACCUUCUUCUUCUUCUUCUUUUUUUUAUUAACACCUAUUUGAAACAUCUGCGCCUAUAAAUGAGAUUACUGGCAAGCUGACUGCUUUCUCAUAAUGCAGCUCAGUCGGCUGAAGGAAAUCAGUGGCUGACUAGGGAAUUAAUAAAAGAGCUCAUUUUCUACCUGGUGGGUAAAAAUAAAAGGGACACUUGUGAAUGGAAUGAAGGGAUUCCGUGUGCGUAAUAGAUAACGCGCUAGUGGUCACGGUUAUGGCGCGUCAUUUGGACACCUGUACAUCGACCUGCUGCCCCUUGUGGUGCGCAAUAAACCUAUUCAAAUGGAAAAGUUUUACUGGUUUAAUCAGUGACGUGUUGCAGCCUGUUGGUUUUAAGGAAGCCACAGGACACUUCGAGGCUCACUUGGAGACUUGGAGGUCUUUCUUUCUGUCUGGGAAGCAUGGAGAGUGUGAGCGCGCACCACAGCCGACAUUCUCUCUUCACUAUUGAUCACAUCCUCGGUCGGGACAGAGAUGAACAGAGAACCAUUGUAUACACUCCUCACCGACCGUGGACAGACGCUCAACCACCAAAAAACGACCGCUUUAUAAAGACAGCAGGCUCUCCGGAGGUACCUGUGAUGGAGGAGAGGAAAAGUGAAGCACCGGUAGAAAGCUGCAGGCGUUCGCUCAACUGGUGCAUCGGACGGAGGCCCAGAACUGCCUUCUCCAGCUUACAGAUCGAGAUACUUGAGAGCGUUUUUCAAGUCAACUCGUACCCGGGGAUCGAUGUCCGAGAGGAGCUGGCUCAGAAGCUGCAUAUAGAUGAAGACAGAAUACAGAUCUGGUUCCAGAACAGAAGAGCAAAACUGAAGCGCUCGCAUCGAGAGAACCAGUUCCUCAUGGUGAAAAAAGUCAUCACUGGACUCAAAGAGUGAUUGUAAAAAAAAAAAAAAAUUCUUGUCAUAUUAUAAUAUAUUCUGUUGUGAAUUAUUUUGAUAGUGCCAAACAAUAAAUUAUGCCUUUUUAUCUAAUUAAAAUAAUAAAAAAAUUCCUUUAACACGCAGCUGAUUAAAUAAAUUGCUGCUGAACAUCA